GCCUCCAGUCGCUCUCCCUCCCCUCUGGCCCCUGCUCUAUCUUUCUUCCUCCUCCCGUCUCCACUGCUCGAUACGACUUGUGGCACGUUGCUUUCUUCGCCUCUUGCACAGGGGGUCAUCCGCGGCCGCGGUGUAGAAAGCGGACAGAGUAGUAGGAUCGGUAGUUCGUCCCGUUGCCCUGCCGCUACGUACCUCGGUACCUGGCUGUCUGGCAUGGUGUGUUGGCUUGGAAGGUGAAUUGGCCGGCGGGCGUCUGGUCGCGGGUCCACCCAUGGAUGCCAGAGGUGGAGGAGGAGGUGGCGGUGCGGCUGUGAGCGCUGCCGCCGCGGCCAAUGGCUCACACGGACUCGUCCGCACCGUGGUGGGGUACUCCUCGUCGCCCCUCUUCUUCUGGCUCCUCACCGUCGCGCUCGUCGCCGCGACCCACCUCGCCUCCGUGUUCUUCUCCUCCAGGAGCGAGGAGAAGGAGAGGGAAGAGAAGAAGGCGCGGCGCGGCGGGUUCGCCGCCGGCGAGGAGAGGGAGGAGGCGGACAGGAGCGAUGACCGAAUUCUGGAGAUGAUGCGCAGUUUCAGCUUCAUGCAGGCGACCGAGGAGGAUUUCCUGGAGGGUAUGGCUUCGUUCCAUAACGUUGCCGCUGGCAAGGAGCCUGAGCCGGAGGCACCAUCGCCAGCGUCGAGCCUCAGCUUCAAGUUUCAGCUUCAGAUACCCGAAAUUCCGCGGGAGGCGGUGGUGAUCUCGAGAGACUUGCCAGCCCGAGAAGAGGAAGAACAAGAACUAGAGGAAGAGAAGGAAUCAUCGGUUCCAUUGGGAUCGACGGCCAAGCAAGAACACGAGGACGAAGCAGAGGAAACGGAGCUAGCAGUGGAAGAACAGAGGAGAGAGGUUGUGGAGGCAGCACCAUCGAAGGUCGUCGCGACCACGCACAACUACCGGUUCUUGACGGAGCGCGACUUCCGGGGGUUCGUGAGGGAGCCGGAGGCCAUGACCGUGCGCGUCGAGGAGUCCUUCGUGCCGGCGGCGGCAGCGCAGCCCGAGGAGCGAAGAGUGGUCGACACCGCCCCCCGCAGCGGUGGCUUCCUCACGGAGAAAGACUUCCGGCCAGCGAACGAGCCCGACGUGUGCGAGAGCGUGGCGUCGUCCGGGAAGAGGGCGCCGUCGCAGAGCCGGAAGCUGGCGAGCCCCCCGUCCGCCGCGUCCAAGGGCAGCGCCGUCGCCGGGAGGAUGAGUUCUGCGUCGGAGUUCUCCAGCUUCAGUGACUCCGACUCCGAGACGAACGCCAGCGACGGGUACUCUGUGAAGGAGCUCGUCAUCGACUCCGACAGCGAGUGGUUCCUCUCGGAGAAGAACUUCCCGGCGAGCGCACGCGACGCCGGCACCCUCAGAAGUUACAAGGCCAAGGUGCUCAAGGCCAUCGAAGCCCUGGAUGAGGCGCCCAAGCUGGAGCAGUCUUGCCAGGACUCGGCGACGACGGUGUGGACGGGCUCGCUGGGCCAGGGCUCCCCGGACAGCAUCCCCGACAGCUCUGCCAAGUAUCCUGAGGACAUGUGGUCUCGCAGCCCUUCGCCGGACGUCGAGUACAAAGAGGACGAGGUGAAGGUAACACGAGAAGCUGAAGAGGCCGAGGACAGGAGCACAGCGGAGGAGGAGGGGAGCAUCCACAUGAGCGACGACGAGCACUCGUCGGGCGGCAAGAAGGUGGCGUUAGCACCGGUGUAUGAUGCUGCUCCUGUUUCUGAGGACAGUAUGUAUCAUUCAGAGAAGGAAACCAUCACCGUAAAUGAUCACUUUUCUGAUGUUCAGAGAAGUCCAAAGGCAGUCUCUGAGAGAGAAUUAGCUGUUUCCUCAGAUCAAGUAGCUGGUCCUGAUGCUAAGACAAGCCCAGAACGAUCAGAGAAGGAAUUUGUCGGUACGGUUGAUCAUUCACUUGAGCACAGUUCUGAGGACAGGAGAGAAACUGCCAGUGAAAGCGAUCAGUCAUACGAAAUAGUUUUUGACGACAAGAGAAACCCAGAGCCUUUGGAGACAGGAUUUAUCGGUACGAUUGGUCACUCGCAUGAACUUACAUCUGAUGUUUGGAAAGAGAUCCUCAGUAUAAAUGAUCAGCCAUGCGCAGAGGAUUCUGACGAUAAGGGAAGCCUUGAUCCAUCAGAUAAAGAAUUUGUCGUCGCAAAUGAUCAUUCAAACGAGCUUAUUUCUUAUGAGAAGAAAGUGACUUUCAGUACUACAAAUGAUCAGUCAUAUGCAGCAGUUUCUGGUGAUAAGAGUAUCCCAAAGGAGCAAGAAUUCAGUGCAAAUGACCAUCCAUAUGGAAUGGUCCCUGACGCCAAGCGCAGUUUAGAGCUUAGAGGAGAAGAGGAACAAGCCAGUGCAAAUGAUCUUUCAGACAAUGCAGGCCGGCAAGAUAAUGUUUCGGCAACGGGGAAGGCGAAGAUGUAUGAAGAGGACGUGGAGGAUCCCGAAGUCAAGUGGAAAGAUUUGACAGAAGAGGAGGAGGAUGAGUUGGAGUCAUUGUGGGAGCACCAGGACCUAAUAGAGCAGCUGAAGCUUGAGCUGAAGAAGGUCCGGUCGACCGGGCUGCCAACGAUCCUGGAGGAGUCGGAGACACCAAAAGCGCCGAUGGAGGACCUCAAGCCGUGGAGGAUCGACGCCAAGUUCCUCCGCGAAGACCCGAUGGACGAGCUGAACAAAUUUUACAAGAGUUACAGAGAGAGGAUGAGGAAGUUUGACAUAUUAUGCUACCAGAAGAUGUAUGCAAUAGAUUUCUUACAACUGAGAGGGCCUCAGCAGUCCACCAACUCUCUGAAGUCCUUGUCGCCAACGGUAACAUCCAUCCUGUCGCAUAAUUUCCGGUCAUCACGUCGGAGAUCACCCGAGGACCCGUCGGAGCGGUUCCUCAAGGAGCUCCGGUAUGACCUGGAGACAGUGUACGUUGGUCAGAUGUGCUUGUCAUGGGAGUUCCUCCGGUGGCAGUACGAGCAGGCCUGUGACCUGCCGGAGUCUGACCCUUACCACAGCCAUCAGUACAACCAGGUGGCCGGGGACUUCCAGCAGUUUCAGGUGGUGGUGCAGAGGUUCGUUGAGGAUGAAUUCUUCAAGGAUCCUAGGCUGCCAAACUACAUCAACAACCGUUGCAUCCUUCGCAAUCUCUUGGAAGUACCCGUAAUAAAAGAGGACAGCUUGAAGGACAGAAUGGAGGACCAGCGCAAGGGGAAUUAUGUUGUAACCAGCGAGGAGCUGGAGAACGUCAUGGAGGAGGCGAUGCACAUUCUGUGGGAGUUCAUCAAGGCCGACAAAGUCGAGACGAUGUCAGUGCUCAAGGGCUUGUCGAGCACUCACGUUGAGCUUCAGAACCCCUCGGACCAUGAUCUUAUGGCGCACAUCCAUGCUGCGCUACAGAAGAAAGAGAAAAGGCUCAAGGAUCUCCUCCGCACCGGGAACUGCAUUGUAAAGAAAUUCAAGAAGCCCAAGGAGGACAGGACGAACCAGAACCUCUUCUUCUCGCAGGUCGACAUGCGACUCGUGGCACGGGUGCUGAGGAUGCCGAGGAUCACCAGCGAGCAGCUGCAGUGGUGCAAGGCGAAGCUGGACAACAUCAUACUGGUAGAUAGGAAGAUCCACAGGGAGCCUUCAUUUUUGUUGUUUCCCUGUUGAGAGAGUACAUAUAUAUGUUUUUUUUUCCCUUGAUAAAAAUAUCUUCACCAUGUAAUCCACGGGUGUAGGGUUUUCUUUCAACCUUUUGGUAAUUCAGUGCCUUACACAGGUUCAUAAUUAUAAUUGUAACCUCAUGAACA